AUGCCACGGAGAACUCUCACCUCCGGCUCAAGUCAAGGCCAAUAUUCCCAGCAGCAGCACGCGCUGACCUCCCUCUUUGCUCUCGAACCCGACCCAAAAGUCUUAAACCCAGUCGGUCCUCCGUAUGAGGAGUAUGUAUCCGUCACGAUCGAACACCAAAAGGCGCUGCCAGGUCAAACUAAAACCGCCAGCCCAAGAAUCAUCCCCAUUGCGAAGCUGGGCUGGCGAAAUGUCGCACCAGCCGAAUGGGCAGCCCAUAUCAAAGACCUCCCCUCCCAUGUAUCCGUGCAAAUGCAGACCAGCUACGCCAAAUCCGCUCGACCUAGCUACCCCAGGGUGGAUGCGGCUAGUUAUAGCAGGUUAGCUCCCAACUUGCUCCCACCCGAUUGCAGCAUUCUCGCAUAUCUGGACUACUCAAAUAUUGGCCGCCGCGGAUCUCAUCUCCUCUUCCCGAUUGUGACUGGUUCCCAGACCGGCAGCAUACACGGCUUCGAUGCAGCGGCUCGCCGGGGUAAAGCGGGCAAUGGCCACUCAGGACAAAACCCCUACCGCAUGUACGUCUUGCCGUUCAAAGAAGGUGAAAUGCUCGGAUAUGUCGAGGGACUCGAACGCCGCCUUGAAACAUGCGAAAAUGCUGGACGACUUCCGGCUUCUGUCCGCUCGGCGGCAUCUGCCAACGCCAAUAAUGUUUACUUGUUGCCACACGCGUGCUCCGGGGAUCCAUCACCCAAUCGCAAUGAGGGAACCAGUGACCCAGCGUGUCUCAGUCCGAUGUCAAAUCCAAGCGUGGUAAUGUCCAAUUGCAGCCCAGAAUCAUCGAGCCCUUCCACCAUGAGGACGGACACAUACAUAAACUCCAGCCAUAUCCCUACAUCACGGGUCAGGGAAUUUCUCUGGAAGAGGACACCGGUCCAUCCCAGUGAUUCAAUUACUGGGUCGGAUAACAGCUCUUUACCGUGUACGACACGUGAUUUGAUCAAGAUCUGGUCCCAUCCGCAAGACACCUUUCUGGAAGCCCCAAGCCUUCCUGGUAGAGGCGAUGCUGAUCACCUUUUGAGAUGUGUUAACUUUUACAUUGGUCAGACUCAGCACCACUUCGACGUCCGGGAGGUCUCUGAUCAUCUAGCACUUUUCUUCGAUGGUUGCCUGUCCUCUUCUCCCAUCCCAAAACUUUGGUACAUCAAGUUGGUCUUGAUAUUUGCUGUUGGGAAGCUUGUCGAAGGCAGAUUCGAUGAUGAUACACUACCGGGAGAUCGUUACUUCAAGUACGCCCAGGCUCUCCUUCCAAAUCUGAGUAAACUUCUUGCGUCAAAAAGACACGGCGUAGAGGUCCUUGGUCUGCUAGCACUAUAUCUCCAGAAUGUUAAUUCAGCGCUGCGGAUGGCUAUUGCACACGGGUUCCACGUUCAUGAUCGAUUGAAAGAGUAUUUACAAUCUGAGAAAACCCACCUCAACCGCCUCUGGUGGACAAUAUACAUGCAAGAAAAACGUUUGGCCGCAGCAACUGGCAAUCCAUCCAGCAUCAACCGGGAUACAAUCGAGCUCGAGAUGCCUACAAAUGCGCUCGGCUUUCCUUCCCCGUUCCCGAUCUGUCUCAAUAUUCGAAUUGCGCAUAUCACAGGCCGAGUUCUCCAAAAAGCAGCGCGCAGGAUGCUUUCCAUUGUCCUAAUGCUGAAGAAGGAAAAUAUCAUUGCCAUAUUCGGAUUCUUCGACCUCGAUGCAACUUUCUCCAGUGCCUUCAUCAUGAUUCUGACUGCAAUAUUCAACAUCAUAUGCAAAGAUGAACAGGCUAUUAUUACUUCUCCGGGGCUUGAUGAAGCCAUUCAGGUCCUGCGCCAUCUUUCACAUCGUGGAAAUCCAUUUGCGGGUGAAAAACUGCGAGAGGUUGAGCACAUUUGGGCACAGUUACACGUCGACAACAACUUGAACAAUGGGCCAUUGGCAGGCUCCAAUUGGGCGGGUGUCUUCCCGGACACCCAGGAGUCGAACCACCAACAGCCUAGCUCUGUGCCAUCGCCGAGGGUUCUUGAAAGGUCGAAUGGACCGCAACUGCAGUCCCCGGACUUACGACCCGAUCAAGGAUCAGCCGUGGGGCAUAGCCAAGCAUAUCCCGCAAGCCAUCGCAAUUCAAGCGGCGACUCAACUGGUGGUGGCCAAGCUUCGCACCACCAAGGGGAUCUGCAUAACGAUGGCUUUGAUGAGUUCCCUAUCGGAGAUUGGCUUGUCCAGGAUACCAAUGAACAGUACAAUGCGAUUUUGGGAAGCCAAGAGUGGGCACUCACUGGGCAGGAUUCCAUCGACUUUGCUGAAUUAGCGACUUAUCUUCCCGGGUUUGGAGAAUAA